AUGGGCACGGGGGUCACGGAAAAAAGUUUGAAGACCCACACUUUCCCCGGGGUCCGAGAGUCCGGAACCGCAGGAAUUCAGCCGCCACCCCCGACUCCGCCCCCCCCGGUCCCGGCGCCCCCUGGCGGCGCCAGGCCGGCUUCCCCCGGGGAUUCCGACUCCCCAGACCCCGGGACUCUUCACAGUGCCCCGCGGGACGUGGUCAUUUCUGCUUGCCACCCGGGACCGUGCGGCCCGGGAUCUCCGGAGGGCCGUUCUGCCCUCUCGGCCUCCGCUCGCUUCCGGAAGGCAGUGGAGGCUACUCCUCCCGAAGCAGCGGCGGCGGCGGCGGCGGCGGCGGGGGCGGGCGAGAGGGCAGAUUGCGGAAGGCGGACUCUGCCCUCGGGGGCCCGAUUCCCUCUGAGGGGCCAGCCCUUCCACUUCUCUCGCCAGUUUUCUGACGGCUGUGGCUGGGCCUCUCUGAGCCUCAGUUUGGUCAUCUGGAAAGUGGACGUGCUCCUCAUACUGGCCUCAUCGUGGUCCUAA